UGAAAAAAUUAAAAAAAAAUUACCAACAAUGUUUUCGAUUGUAAAAAAAUGGACUACUUUUGUUUUUACUGUUAGCCUUUUGGUAGUUCAUUUUCAAGGAUCAGAUUCUUCCGCUAUGAAUGUUGAAGUUGAAAGAAAUUUGAUUGAAGAACCCGAUCAAUUAUUACCUUCAAAUGAGUGGAAAGGCAGAGGAUCAGAUAAUUUGGCAGGCAUACUAAAUGAAAAACUUAACGAUCUAGAACAAAAUACUGAACCUGUCGUAGAGGGCGCAGCUCGUGGUCUAAUAGAUGUAGAUGUACAAGCUCAGGUAACUGAAAUACUUGAUGCUUUAAGUAAAGUAGUUCAGCAAUUAUUAGGUUAGUUAAAUAAUUCGAAAUGGAAAUUGAGAAUGUAAAUUUUAAAUAAUGAUGUGUA